CUUAAACAGAAUAAUAAUAGGAAGAGAAAAACGCACUUCUCACUUCACAUGCUCUGUUUCCGUAACCAUAAACCAAUCUUACCUUCAAUUCAAUCUUCUCCGCCAUAGCCUCAACAUCCACCAUGCUUCCACUGCAAUUUGGCACGCGCCCUCACUACCCUCCUUCGCUGUUCCUGAGCAGCUCCAACGCUUGUUCCUCCUCUCGCAUCCUCUACAGCAACAGAAACAACCAGGUGUACCUUGUUCGCUCCAACGUUGGAACCCUCAACCUUAGGGUUUUCGCUGCGUCCGGCAACUCCUCAUACAAGAUGAACCUCAACGAGUACCUUGUCACUCUCGAGAAGCCCCUCGGCAUUCGAUUCGCGCUAACCGCUGAUGGCAAAAUCAUCGUCCACUCUCUCACCAAAGGGGGUAAUGCAGAGAGAUCCAGGAUAAUUAUGGUGGGUGAUACUUUGAAGAAAGCUGGCGAUUCGUCUCAGAACACUCUCGUUGAGAUUAAAGACGUUGGAAAUACGCAGAAGGUGCUAAAUGAGCAAACAAAUUCUUUUAGUUUGGUACUUGAGAGGCCCACAUCUCCUUUUCCUAUUCAACUUCUGCACAAGAUGAAUGAUUUUGAGACAGUGUUUAAUAGAGGGCGAGUUCCUAUUGUCACAUGGAACAAGACCCUAUUGGCAUCAAAUUUACAAUCAUCUAGUGAGAGCAGCACGAAUUCGGGAUUUUUGAUGUUCAACUCAAAGUUUCUCAAACCAAAUGCAAACAAGUUAUUGGGCAACCAAAAUCAACGUACCAUCACCCAUGGUGAGAGAAACUUCUUUACUGAACACACACCACAAAUUGCUUGUGUUUUUACUGAAGAAGUGUGUGGAGAUGGAGAUUGGGGUCAUGGAAGUUUCCCACUUGAGGAGUAUAUUCAGGCUCUAGAUCGUUCCAAGGAUGAGAUGUAUUAUAACCACUCUCUUGGUAUGCGUUAUAGUAAGAUUACAGAGCAAAUUUAUGUGGGAUCCUGUAUACAAACAGAAGAUGAUGUAGAGACCUUGUCAAAAGUUGAGGGAAUUACUGCUGUUCUGAACUUCCAAAGUGGAACUGAAGCCGAAAAUUGGGGAAUCAAUGCAAAAUCAAUCAAUGAAUCUUGUCAAAGGAAUAAUAUUCUCAUGAUCAACUAUCCUAUUCGGGAGGGAGAUUCUUAUGAUAUGAGGAAAAAACUCCCAUUUUGUGUGGGGCUUCUACUACGUUUGCUAAGGAAGAAUCUUCGUGUUUUUGUUACUUGCACUUCUGGAUUUGAUCAGUCUCCUGCUUGUGUGAUUGCCUACCUACAUUGGAUGACGGAUGUUUCCCUUCAUGCAGCGCAUACUUGGGUCACUGGGAUGCACAAUUGCAGACCUGACAGGCCGGCAAUUGCAUGGGCUACUUGGGAUCUUAUAGCCAUGGUUGAAAAUGGCAAACAUGAUGGACCUCCUACACAUGCUGUCACAUUUGUGUGGAAUGGUCAUGAGGGUGAGGAUGUAACUUUGGUUGGAGACUUUACCGGAAAUUGGAAAGAACCACUAAAGGCAAAGUUCCAAGGUGGAUCAAGACAUGAAGUAGAAGUUAAACUUCCACAAGGAAAGUAUUACUACAAGUUCAUUGUAAAUGGACAAUGGAAACAUUCAACUGCUUCACCAGCAGAAAGGGAUGACAGGGGAAACGUUAACAAUAUAAUCGUGAUUGGUGAAACUGCCAAUGUUCGGCCUUCUGUUCAGCACCAGCUGAAAGAUGCUAACGUUGUCAAGGUGAUUGAAAGGCCUUUGAAUGAAAAGGAGCGGUUUAUGCUGGCAAAAGCAGCUCGUUGUAUUGCUUUUUCUAUCAGUCCGAUCACAUUGGCCCCCAAAUAGUUUCACGCAAAUUCUAUAUUGUACAGAAUUGCAGUUGUUGUACUUACUGAGGCCAUACAAAAUUUGGUCACACCAAAGAGUGAUCACACGCUGGGUAUGUCUUGGCAUAUUUAGUGCACACUACUAAACUUGCCUAUGUUUCUGCAGGCCUACCCUUUUGCCUCAUUCUGUUAUUCUUCGUAUUAUACAAUCCUAGUCAGAGUAUAAAUUGACAUGUAUGUAGUACUAGCUUUCAAAUGUUGGCCCAAGUAAUUUACUUAAAUGGAUUACGGGUCUUCAUAAAUGAUUUAAGUUCAUAAACCAUAGCAUUUUAUGUUAUGUUCUUAUAAUUGUUUCCAGUGCUA